AUGUCGUCGUCGCACCCACAGGGUUCAUCAGCAACCCAUUACUCCCAUUCCUCCACUUUGCCUACCCCUGCGCAACCAGGACCCUUUGGUCACAAGCAGCGCAAGAACUUUUUCAUGCCCGAGGGCAAGACCGAGUUCAACCACGGUUCCUAUGGAACAUUUACUCGGUCUGUGCAGGAAAACAUGAUGAAGUGGCAUAACAAGGCAGAGGAAAAUCCAGACCGUUGGGUGCGCUUGGAUCUGAAGCCAGCAUUGACAAAAGUACGAGGACAGCUCGCAGAGUUCAUGAAUUGCGACAAGGACGAACUCGCACUCGUCCAGAACACAACCGUCGGUGUCAACACAAUCCUCCGCAGCAUCGAUUUCGCCCCCGGUGACAGGAUCCUUCAACUCUCAACGGGCUAUGUCUCUGUCGACAAAACCGUUCACUACAUAUGUGAUACCCACAAGGACGUUCAGAUCGUCGAGGUCCCCAUCGUGAUGCCCUUGACCGAUCACGAGAUUGUCUUUGAGGUCGAGAAGACGAUUCAGGACCACUUGGCAAAGAAGGAUGGGUCGAGGAUUCGGCUGGCGAUGAUCGAUUGGAUUUCGUCGGUCCCCGCGGUGUUGCACCCGAUCAAGGCUCUGGUCGACAUGUUGAGGUCGUAUGGGAUCCUGGUCUUUGUCGAUGCCGCCCAUGCAAUCGGACAGGUGCCUAUUGACUUGACAUACCUCAACCCGGACUUUUUGAUCACCAAUUGUCACAAGUGGUUGUACAGUGUUCGCGGUUCUGCGGUUCUCUUUGUCCCCAAGCGGUUCCAGAGUUCGAUUCAUCCGACGGCGAUCCAGGGUGACUACAAGUCUGGCGGGUUUGAACUCGAGUUCUCCUGGAACGGGACGAUGGAUUACUCGACCAUCUUGUCGAUCGAGGGAGCACUAGAGUUCCGCAAGCAGUACGGAGAGGAAGCGAUUAUUCACUAUUGUCAUCGCUUGGCGGUCGAGGGUGGUGAGAAGAUGGCCGAGAUCCUGGGGACCGAUGUCUUGACACCCCAUGAACAACAGGUCGGAAACAUGGUCAAUGUUCGAUUGCCGAUCAAGAACAUUAACCACCCGAAGAUCGAGACACCCGACUAUCUGAUUCGACUGUUACUGGAUAGGUAUAAUCUUUUCGCGCCGAGUUACAAGCAUGGAGGGUACUUUUGGACCCGAGUGUCGUCGCAGAUUUACCUCGAGUUGAGUGAUUUCGUGCAUCUGGGUCGAGUCUGGAAGGAAGUCAUUGAAGAGCUCAAUGCCGAGGAGGAGGAUUAA